AUGAAUACCCGAGGUGGAGUUCCCUAUAUUGGAAGCAAAAUAAGUCUGAUAUCCAAGGCACAGAUUCGUUAUGAAGGUAUAUUAUCUUCUGUAGACACGGAAAGGUCCACUGUUGCUUUAGCCAAAGUCAAAUCCUAUGGGACGGAAGACCGGCGCACUGACAGUCCAGUUCCACCUAAAGUUGAAAUGUAUGAGUACAUAAUAUUUCGAGGAAGUGACAUUAAGGAUAUCACUGUGUCUGAGCCAGUGAAAACACACCAUGGGCUCCCUCGAGAUCCUGCUAUUGUACAGUCAUCUCUAGGAUGCCCUAGUGGAUAUCACCCACGAAGGAGUUAUUACAGAGACAUGAUGCCCACCUACAAUCAGCUAGGAGAAACCGCUCUCCUCAACCAGCAUUAUAAUGCGGCAAUGGGUCUAGGAUUUCAUGGUAUUCCCGCCAGGAGAGUUCCUAUGGUUGAGCAGGCAGUUCAGACAGUACCGUUAGCCAGCAGCGCUCAGAAAAAGGGGAAAUCGUCACCGCAGCCACAGCAGGUCAAACGGACUGUUCGACCAGUCCCGCGCGCAGUUUCCCAAGUUCAGAAAGAGAAUGUCCAAAGCGAUCAAACUGCAUCACAGCCAAGUGGAGGAAAGUCACAAGGCCAAAGCACAGAUACUCAAAAACGAAGGCAAAAACAAGGGAGUCGCAGGUCCAGGAACCGUAGCAGAGGCCAGCUCCUUGUAAAGAACUCAAAGCCUACAACUUUGAAGUUUGAGUCAGAUUUUGAUUUUGAAACUGCAAAUGCUCAGUUCAAAAGUGAUCUCACGAAGGAGAGUGUAGUUGAAAAAGUGGACUCAUUAGAAGCCCUUGAGAGUCCUUGUACACAAAAAGGGACACUUGGAGAUAAAUGCUAUGACAAGAGUAAGGGCUUCUUUGACAAUAUGUCAUCAGAUAUGAAGCCCAGGACCACUUGGGCUGAGCAGAAAAAGUUGAACCUGGAGACUUUUGGAGUGCAGGGAAGUUUCCUGAGAGGCAGAGGAUUCCGGGGCCGCAGAGGGCAGAGCAAAGCUGAAGAGCGACCCCUCCCAAAAAUUGAUGGUGGGAGAGUGUAA